CUACCAGCUGCUAAACGAGAUGUCCUAUCCUUCCAGGAUGUUGGCCUGAGGUAGGACUACAUAGGUUUAAAUAGUGGAAUAGGGUGGUGGUGUUGUAAUGAGUGUAGGGUUAGAUGGUGCCGUAUUUUACCUUUUUCAUGUAAAGUAUAAAGGAUUUAUACCCCAGUCUAGUUGGUGGCGGUAAUGCAACAUUUAUUGGAUGCCAACCGCCGUUAAACCUCAUCGAAGAAGAAGAAGACGAAGAACGUUAAGCAGAAUCAGAGAUAGAGGUUUCAACCAACAUUUCUUUGAUAAAGCGAAAAGCUACUUUCAUAACCAUUGCUAAUAUGUCAAAACUACAGAUGUUGAAUGUGUUUGUCACGGAGCGUUUGUCAGCGGCUGCUGUGGAGAUAUUCGGAGCCGUGGAGAAGACGGUAGCAGAGUAUCAGGAAGAAAUCUGCCGUUCAGCGGAGGAGAACGAGCGUUUACGCAGGCUGUUGGAUUUGGUUAGCAAACCAGAAAUAAAGUUACACAGAGCAGACUUCCAGGUGCUGCCUCCUGCCGUUCACCCUGAGGAACUUAAUUGUAAGCAGGAGUGGAGCCCCAAUCUGGGGCAGGAUGACCCAGAACCCACACAGAUUAAAGAGGAACAACAGGAGUUCAGACUCAGUCAGGAGGACUCACCUCAGCCCUCACAUCUUUACCAAAACCAAACUGUGGAUGACGGAGAGAGGUGUAUUCUACCUAUCAUCAUAACUGAAGAGAUCAAAACAGAAGCUGAUGGAGAGGGCUACAUAGUACCAGAACCAACAAGUGAUCAGCCCCUUUCAGUUCAUCCAGACUGCUCUGCUGCAGUGGAGAAACCAUAUCGGUGUCAACAAUGUGACAAAAGCUUCACACGUAAGGGACACUUGACCAUCCAUUCAAAGAUACACACAGGAGAGAAAUCCUAUCUGUGCAAACAAUGUGACAAAAGCUUCAUCCAGAAAGGUGACUUGGACAGACAUACUAGGGUACACACAGGAGAUAAUCCAUAUCAGUGCAAACAAUGUGGCAAAAUGUUUAACCAGAAAGGAAGCUUAACCAUCCAUUCAAGGAUACACACAGGGGAGAAACCUUAUCAGUGCAAAGACUGUGACAAAUCCUUCAACCAGAAGAUGGAAUUGAUAUUGCAUAUGAGAGUUCACACAGGGGAGAGACCAUAUAAUUGUCCUGUAUGCAAGAAAGGUUACAUGGCAUUAAGCUAUUUAAGACUUCAUCAGCGUGUUCACUCCGGGGAGAAACCUUACCAGUGCAAAGAAUGUGGCAAAUGCUUUGGUUAUAAAGGAAGCUUGAAGUCUCAUAUGAGCACUCACACAAAAACUUCAGCCUGAAGUGAGAACAACAAAUGAUUACUCACUUGAAUUUCUUGUUACAUCCAACUUGUAAAUUAUUUAUGUUCUAUUUUCUGGCAUUUGACAACUAAACAAAUGUAGUUAUGUGAGAGGAGUGAUAAAACAUCAGUCAGUAUCAGAUUUGUAAGCUCAUUUUAGCUCUCACUUUUUUGGGAUACCUACUGGCCAGGACAAUGAGGGAAUUUGACCAUGCUGGCCCGGCUGAAAAGUGAUUGCAUCCUUUUUGAAACCAGGCUGCCUCACGGGCAUGAGCCACUCCUCCCUCACCGCUUUUGCCUGGUCACAUGACAGGCCAUAGUCCGGUGCACCUCGGUUCAGCCUAAUCAAACUCCUGCACUGCUGGCUUCAGGAAGUUGUCACAGCUGUGUCUAGCAGAGCACACACUUGGAUUCCUAAACAACAGGAGUUCAUAUUCAAUUGUUUAACAAUGACAUACAGGAUAUUUGGGCCACUAUCUGUACUUCUGUCUGCAUGUUAGAAUAUUGAAGUAGCCUAUUAUGUCUUUGUUGACUAUAUAAUGCAGCAAAUAUAGAUCAGCUUUAAUAUUGCAGACAGAUUGUGGCUUUCAAUGUAAUUGUCUGCAUCAUUUCCCCCAUAUAUAUAGAUAUAGAUAUACAGUGCCUUGCG